AUGGAUCGGAUGAAUGAUGGGUGUGACUAUAGGCUCCUUGCAGUACCGCGAAAUUAUGGCCUUCCAGCGACGCUUUCUGCGAGAAAGACUUGGAAAACGCGGUACCUCCCUUCGCAUCUAUCACGUAGACUGUUCGGUGUUGAGGGAGCAAACGCUGGGUUCUCCCCGCUCGGAAUGGGAAAUUCACUCCCCUUUCUCACCUCCGCCACUGCAAAACGGUACUGCGUUUGUGGUUGUGAAUCUAUUCCAGCAGCGCAGAAUCGCGUGGUUUAGCUUAGUGUCGUCAUUCAUCGACAGAGACGCCACUUUACUUUUGCAUUUGCUCAAG